UUGGCUCUACGUGCAAUAAUAUCGUUCAAAUCACGGGUGCACAAACAUCGUGUAUAUGCCCAGAGGAACCUGGCUGCAGAUUCAUCUAUCAAACUUGAUAUACUAAAUAGUAUACCACGAGAAUUCGUUGACAUCGAUGAAGAUCUCGAAAUCGCCGAUGAUGUCGGUGAAGAUGACGAAGGUGCAGAAGAGCACGGUGCCGGUGAAGACGAUAAGUCUGAGAAAGACAAAGCUGAAUCCAAUCGAGGUGAAACAAGCUUUGGAGAUGGGCAUGACGAUUAUAUGGAUUCACACCAUGGAGCUGAGGAAGAUGAAUCGACGACACCGAGGUCAAAGAGAAAGACAUAUGUCGACGAAGAUCUCGAAGCUCCCUUUGAAAUCUCAUGGGAAGGGGCCCCGGAGUUCCAGUGGAAAUUGUGUCCAACUCCAGCAGAUACUAGACGUCUUAUCAUCGAGAACAUUUUCUGGGCUGAUCUUCAUAACGUCUUCAUUUAUCGUGUGAUGCUGAAAGCUGAGACGGUAGAUAUCAGUUUUCCCAUGCGAUUCAAUAUAGAAGGGUCGAAGCAGAUGUACGGGUAAGA